AGCAAAGUGGAAUAGAAGGAGAGUUAUCCGUUGUGGAAUUGCAUCGGCAUGGAAGGGUUGGCGGUUCCAGUUGCACAAUCGUUUCCAAAGCCAAAGGUUGGCGUUGCCGCCAUUCUCACACCUUGUAAUAACAGGAACAAUGGGUUUGUCUCACUCAAACCACACCGUGGACGCGCCUUUCGUUUCCGCACUUCAUUGUGUUCACAGGCAAAGGCGCAAGUGGCAGCCCCAGUCACCGAGAAGGAUAAUCCUAAUUGUGUGAGUGGGAAUUCCAUACGGCAGAGAUUUCUGAACUUUUACGCUUCCCGUGGUCACAAGCUUCUUCCCAGUGCUUCUCUCGUUCCAGAUGAUCCCACUGUUUUACUCACCAUCGCAGGGAUGCUUCAAUUCAAGCCUAUCUUCCUAGGCAAGGUUCCAAGACAAGUGCCUUGUGCUGCUACUGCUCAAAGGUGCAUCCGUACUAAUGACAUCCACAAUGUUGGCCUUACUGCCAGACAUCAGACCUUCUUUGAAAUGCUUGGAAACUUCAGCUUUGGUGAUUACUUCAAAAGACAAGCUAUUCUAUGGGCAUGGGAGCUUUCCACCGCUGAGUUUGGUUUGCCACCAGACAGAUUGUGGGUUAGUGUUUAUGAAGAUGAUGAUGAGGCUUUUCAGCUAUGGUCUCAGGAGGUCGGGGUCCCGGUCCAGCGAAUAAAGAGGUUGGGAGAAGAGGACAACUUCUGGACCAGUGGAGUAACAGGUCCCUGUGGUCCUUGCUCGGAAAUUUAUUAUGAUUUCCAUCCUGAGAGGGGAUAUGUAGACGCCGAUCUCAACGAUGAUACAAGGUUUAUAGAAUUCUAUAACUUAGUAUUCAUGCAAUACAACAAAAAAGAUGAUGGUUCUCUUGAACCUCUAAAGCAGAAGAACAUAGAUACUGGCCUUGGACUGGAGCGUAUGGCUCGCAUUCUUCAAAAGGUUCCAAACAAUUAUGAAACUGACUUGAUUUUCCCCAUCAUAGAGAAGGCCUCUAAAUUAGCAAAUGUUUCGUAUGGCAUUGCUGAUGAUCAGACGAAGAGGAAUCUGAAAAUUAUAGGAGAUCACAUGCGUGCAAUUGUAUUUCUCAUCUCUGAUGGAGUUGUCCCAUCAAAUGUUGGGAGAGGCUAUGUAGUUCGGCGGCUUAUUAGAAGGGUUGUUCGUACAGGCAGGUUGCUUGGUAUAAAGGGCGAUGGUAGGGGAGACCUUGAAGGAGCAUUUUUACCAAUUAUUGCUGAGAAGGUAGUGGAGUUAAGUACACAUAUUGAUGCUGAUGUGAAGAACAAAGCACCUCGCAUCUUUGAGGAGUUGAAGAGAGAAGAGCUUCGAUUUGUGCAGACACUGGAGAGGGGAGAAAAGUUGCUGGAGGAGAAACUUGCUGAUGCUAUAUCAAGUGCAGAAAGAAAUGGAACUGUGCCUUGCUUGGCUGGUGAAGAUGUGUUUCUUUUAUAUGAUACUUAUGGAUACCCAAUGGAAAUAACAAAAGAAGUGGCUGAAGAGCGUGGUGUGAGUAUUGAUAUGGUUGGUUUUGAUAUUGAGAUGGAGAGGCAAAGGCGUCAAUCGCAAGCUGCCCACAAUACUGUCAAACUUGACAUUGCAAAUGGGGAUAAUAUUGCAGAGGAUGUACCUGACACUGAAUUUAUCGGAUAUGACAGCCUUCAUUGUAAAGCAAUGAUAGAAAGCCUAAUAGUAAAUGGAAAUCCAGCUGUACAGGUCAGUGAAGGGAGUAAUGUGGAAGUUUUACUGAACAAAACUCCAUUUUAUGCUGAAUCAGGGGGUCAAAUUGGCGAUCAUGGUUUUCUAUAUAUUUCAGAGGGUGAGAAUCAACCAAUAGCUGUUGUGGAGGUACUCGAUGUUCAGAAAUCUUUAGGCAACAUAUUUGUUCACAAGGGCACAGUCCAAAAGGGUGUUGUGGAGGUUGGCAAAGAAGUGGAAGCAGCAGUUGACGUGAAGCUGAGGCAGCGAGCUAAGGUUCAUCAUACUGCUACUCAUUUACUACAAGCUGCACUUAAAAAAGUUAUUGGUCAGGAGACCUCGCAAGCUGGUUCAUUGGUGGCAUUUGAUCGUCUCAGGUUUGAUUUCAACUUUCACCGACCACUUCGUGACAGUGAGCUUGCUGAAAUUGAAGUGCUAAUCAACGGAUGGAUUGAAGAUGCAACACUACUUCGAACCAAAGUGAUGCCUCUGGCUGAUGCAAAAAGUGCUGGGGCUAUUGCAAUGUUUGGAGAAAAAUAUGGAGAAGAGGUACGUGUUGUAGAGGUUCCUGGUGUAUCGAUGGAACUUUGUGGUGGGACUCAUGUCAGUAACACUUCUGAAAUUCGUGGUUUUAAAAUAAUCUCAGAACAGGGAAUUGCAUCUGGAAUCAGGCGCAUUGAAGCUGUAGCUGGGGAUGCUUUCAUUGAAUAUAUCAGUGCCCGAGACUUUUAUCUGAAGCAGCUAUGUUCAACUCUCAAAGUUAAACCAGAAGAACUGACAACAAGGAUAGAAAACCUUCUAGAGGAGUUGAGGGAAGCUAGAAAUGAAAAUUCUGCUGUGCGUGCAAAAGCAGCAAUCUAUAAAGCUUCAGUCAUUGCAAACAAAGCAUUGUUGGUGGGGAAUUCAAAACAGUUCAGGGUACUAGUUGAGUGCUUGGAUGAUGUUGAUGCUGAGUCACUUAAAAGUGCCGCAGAAUAUUUACUGGAAACACUAACAGAUCCAGCAGCUGUGGUACUGGGAUCAUGUCCAGGUGAAGGAAAGGUUAGUCUAGUAGCUGCUUUUACUGCAGGGGUGGUUGAUCAAGGAAUUCAGGCAGGUAAGUUUAUUGGAAAAAUAGCCAAAUUAUGUGGUGGUGGAGGAGGUGGGAGGCCCAAUUUUGCUCAGGCUGGUGGGAGGAAUCCUGAAAAUUUGGCAAGUGCCCUCGAUAAGGCUCGGUCAGAGCUUUUAGCUAAGCUUUGUGAAAAAGGAAAUUGAAUUCAAUUACACUUGGCUAAUAUUUUUAUGCUAAAGCAACAGAAAAUAUCGAUUCUAUUUCUAUACAUCACAAGCAAGAGGAGCAGAAGCUGAAGUCGAGUUAUCCUUGCAAUUCCAGGUGUCUCGUGAUGUAAGUUUUUCAAAAUAGUAUAGAUCAUGUAAAAUGUUGGUUGUUCGUGCGACUUUAUUCUCGUUACACAACCUGGCCUGCAUUCACACGUUCAACUUCAACUUGUAAAUUUUGACACACGCAUCUCAGAUUGAACGCAAGAUGUAAGGCAAAGACUAAAUACAUGAAAGCUAGUUUUGAGAGUGAAUGAUGGCCAGGAGGAUUCACUCCUUUCUUUCUUGAUUGCCUUGGAGGAUGUUGGAACUCCAUAGAACUGAAGCGAUGUGUCAUGAACCGAUUAUGCUCCGAGAUGAAAUCAACUAACUAUUUUAAAAGGCUAAUUGGUGAAUGGUUUUGUAUCUAACAACUUGACAGCCAAUAUAGUUGCCAACUUGACGGUGGCAUGGCUUAUUUUAUGUGGAAGUAAUUCUUGUUAAACUCCUGAAGCUGAAUGUUGAAGAGUGGAGCGCAAUGCAUUUAUCAUAACGUCAUGGGCAUUGUGACGGAUGGUGAAUCGAGAGGUAUACCAUUAAGAAAAUGAUUUUUAAUGAAGAUGUUGAUCCACAUAAAAGAGAGGAUGGAUUUUAUUUGGGUUGGGACACAGAUAGAAGUGUGUCCGGUGUACAUGGUAAGCCUAUUAGAUAGGCAAAGGGUGACGAUUCAGCAUCUGUUGGAUGGUGCUGGUGCUGGUGCUGGUGCUGCGUGUCAUCGUGAUAGGUUUAUUACUACUCAUCGAACAGCCGGGAGCUUCCUUCUUCUACAACGUGGCGAUAACAAUUAUUUAAUAAACUUUACAAUUCAAGAUGCUUUCGAUAUCCUAUUUCCUUCACCUUUCGUUUCUUCUAUUUCCUAAAUUUGAGAAAAAUAAAUAAAAUGAAGAUGAUACACGUAGUAAGAGCUAAUAGAAGAAAUAGGAAGAAUCUUUACUCAUGUAGCAGAUGAGCAUGUUUUUACUAUAAUAGUAACUAUUUUAAUUUCCUAAUAUGAAACUUGGGCCUUAUUUCUUA